UUUUUUUUUAAAUAGAUUUAUUUGUAUUAAUUUAAAAAUAUUGCAUUCGGGAUGACGAAGUGUGAUAAAAAAAAAGGAUUCGGUCUGAACGGCAACAACAAGUGGGAGUAUUUAGAAAGCGAUUGCCGUUAGGUUUAGUAGUGCCGUGGUGCUUUCGACGGCGAGUCCAGUUUAUUAGGCCACCCGCCGUACAAUUUCUGUACGAUGAAGAUGUUUUGUGCCACGUUUUUGGUCCACCUGUGUGCAGUGCUAAUCGUUCUGAUCUCGUCUACCACUGCCACCGCCCCAACCGUCCCCUGGUAUGAAGAUCUUCCAGCUGUCGCAAUGGACUAUAAAGUCCACAUCGAUCCCGGCAAGGAAGACUGCUAUUUCCAAUAUGUUAACCCAGGUGCCACCUUCUUUGUCAGUUUCCAGGUCCUGAGAGGUGGAGAUAACAUGGCUGGAUUUGCUGUCCGCCAUCCAUCUGGGCAGAUUGUUCAUCCGUACCAAUGGAAAUCCCAAAGCCAAUACCAGGAUCAACAAUCAACUGGUGGCUAUUAUUCUAUCUGCAUAGACAACCAAUUCUCCAGAUUUGCUGAUAAAUUGGUGAACUUGUACAUAACAGUUGUGAGAUAUGAUAAAUGGGAGGAAUACACCAAAGAACUGGAGGAGAUCAACCUGAACAUGGAAGGAUUCACUGGUGGUUUAGUGAGUGUUGAGAAGAACAUUAAUGAAAUGCUUCAAUACCAGCACCAAACCAGGGGCAGGGAGACCCGUGACUUUAAUCUUCUCGAGGAUAACAACAGUUACGUUAUGAAAUGGUCCAUCGCGCAGAUCCUCAUCAUCACGCUGACGACUACCGUCCAAGUGUACUUUGUUAGGAAGUUGUUCGACGUGAAGAGCGGAGGCGGCAGCGGCCGUAUGAAAAUAUAGGCGUAUCAUUGAAUGAAAGAAAACACUAGAAAAGACUAAAUCUGUUAUUAUUUUUUAUUAAUUU